AGAGUGGACACCAAGUCCUCUUCCCGAAUGGAGUUGGCGUCUCGGACAUGCCCAGUCCAUAGAGAGAAAAGACCCUGCUAUCAUCCACCCACCCACGCCCCAAGACAUCUCACGCCUUCGCUCACGGUCCCUUUAUCAUUCCUACUUGCCAGCUUGUGCAUCAUUCCGGCCGCAUCUUUCGGGCAUUACGCAUCCUGCUCGAGCGCCUCUUGUCCCCUGCCCUUGUCGUCGUAAUCCAUCUCCUUGCUCACUCUCAAUAAGGCUCAAUACCCUUUCACGCGACCACACGUCUGCACACAAACAACACCACCCGACAUCGCGACAUCUUCACCCUCUGGCCUUGACUUGACUCUACAAGAACCGCCUUUCGCUUCGGAAACGCUGCUACGAUACAUGACCGCAGUCCGCUGCUUAUAACACCUACCCUCACGGCCCCCGUCGCCAUGCGCAUCCUCCACCUCUGGAGCCUGCUGUCAGCAGCGACGCUGGCUGCCGCGGGCAACCACCUGCCGCCUCGCAACUACUCGACCCACGACUACUAUGCCGUACACAUGUCCCCGUCGACAUCGCCCUCGGAGCUUGCGGCGCAUCUCGGGCUGACAUACGAGGGCCCCCUGGCCUCGCUCGACCACCACCACGUCUUCAAGGCCCCGAAACACCAAAACGACAUCGUAGACGAGGCAAGGCAAGAGCUCAAGAGGCGGCGGCGGAAGCGCUUGGUCGGGCCCGGGUACCACCCCCUCGACAGCGUACGCUUCACCCAGAAGCAGAAGAUCAAGCCCCGGCAUUGGAAGCGCAGCACAAUACCCCCGCGGCAGGACCGCGCUGGCCCAGCCGUCACGGAAGCUAUAAAGCAGCAGCGUGAAGUUGCCAGCAAGCUGCAGAUCCACGACCCCAUUUUCGAGGAGCAGUGGCACAUAUUCAACGUCAAGACACCUGGCAACGACAUCAAUGUCACCGAUGUGUGGAUGCAGGGCAUCACGGGCAAAGGCGUCACGGCAUGCGUCGUCGACGACGGCCUAGACUAUGACAGCGCUGACCUAAAGGACAACUUCUUCGCCGCGGGCUCGCACGACUACAACGAUCACGAAGACCUGCCUACCCCGAAACUCUCCGACGACCAGCACGGCACACGAUGCGCUGGAGAAAUCGCUGCAGGAAGGAACGAUGCCUGUGGUGUGGGUCUGGCCUACGAUGCAAAGAUAUCUGGCGUACGCAUUCUAUCAGGCGACAUUACAGACCUCGACGAGGCGCUAGCCAUCAAUUACGAGAUGCAGCAGAACCACAUCUAUUCGUGCUCGUGGGGUCCUCCCGAUGAUGGCAAGACUAUGCAGGCCCCCGGAAUCCUUAUUGAAAAGGCAAUGGUCACGGCUGUCCAACAAGGGCGCGACGGCAAGGGCUCCAUUUACGUCUUCGCAGCUGGCAACGGCGCAGCGAGCGACGACAACUGCAACUUUGACGGAUACACCAACAGCAUCUACAGCAUCACCGUUGGCGCCAUCGAUAAGAACAACGAGCACCCGUAUUACUCCGAGGCGUGUUCGGCCCAGCUAGUGGUAACUUACAGCAGUGGCGGUGGCGACGCUAUCCAUACAACGGACCUGGGCGCGAACAAGUGUACGGGCCAGCAUGGUGGUACAUCUGCCGCAGGGCCCAUUGGUGUGGGAGUGUAUGCGCUGGUAUUGCAGGCCCGUCCUGACCUGACAUGGCGCGACGUUCAGUGGCUCACCGUUUUGACGGCGGUGCCUUUCGACCAGCCCAGCGACUGGAAAAAGACGUCUCUAGACCGCAUGUACAGCCAUCAGUUCGGAUAUGGCAAACUCGAUGCCUGGGCUAUCGUCGAAAAAGCAAAGGACUGGAAGCUCGUCAAGCCUCAAGCCUGGUUCUACUCACCCUGGAUGCACGUCAAGAAGGCGAUUCCAGAAGCCGGCCAAGGCAUAGCCAGCGUGUUCGAGGUCACAGCAGACAUGCUCAAGGACGCCAACUUUGAGCGCGUCGAGCACAUUACCCUGACUAUGAAUGUAGAGCACCAACGCCGUGGAGACCUCGUCGUCGAACUCAUCUCUCCCGCCGGCAUGUCAUCGCAUCUUUCCACUGCUCGCCGUGACGACGACGCCCCCUAUGGCUACAUUGAUUGGACCUUCAUGUCUGUUGCGCACUGGGGCGAAGCCGGCAUCGGCAACUGGACUGUCGUCGUCAAGGAUGUGCAUCCCGGUAACCAGAAGACGGGCGUCUUUACGGAUUGGAAGCUCCGUCUCUGGGGCGAGAGCAUCGACGCAUCCAAAGCCAAGCUUCUUCCCAUUCCUACAGAACAUGACGAUGACGACCAUGAUAAGAUCGACGACCAUCCCGCACAUAUAACUAGUGUGACGAUACCCACUAGUACCGUGCCAACCAUGACUUCUCUCCCCGAUGACCAUCCCGAUCGCCCAGUGAACCAAAAGCCUUCUACUCCGGUUAAUGAGGCGGAACAGACAGCGGUUACGACGGCAACUGUCUCGUCGACAGCGACCGCAUCCGCGACUGCAGCACCAUCGGAGAACUUUUUGCCCAAUCCCUUCCCCUCAUUCGGCGUGUCUAAACACACCCAAAUCUGGAUCUACGGUGCUCUCGCUCUCAUCAUUGCUUUCAUCGCCGGUCUCGGCACCUACUUGUUCAUUGCGAGACGCAAACGACUAAGCAAUAGCCGAGAUGCAUAUGAAUUCGAAGUGUUGGAUGGUGACGAGGACAGAGAAGACACUGGCAUGUUGGGGGCGGCGGCAGGUGGCAGGAAAAAGAGGGCAAAGCGCGGUGGAGAGCUCUAUGAUGCGUUUGCUGGAGAGUCGGAUGAGGAUCUGUUGAGUGAUGAGGAAGGAGAUGAGGGCCCGUAUCGGGAUAGAGAGCAGCAGUAUAACGAAAAGUACCAGGAAGAGGGAUCCGAUGCGGAGAACAGCAGCGGAAGCUCUGCUGGCAAGAGACAGUAGGACACUCUGCAGCUGUAGGGUUUGUUCCUUUGUACAUGAAUCAUUGGGCGGCGUAUUUUUUUUUUUUUUUUUGCGGCAU